AACAAGCAAGCCAGCCAGCCAGCAGCAGCAUACAAUGACAACAAGAAGCAAUAGUAUUGGAGUAGUUUGAGUAUCCGUCAGAUACUUUGCUGGUGUACUAAAGUAAACACACAUGCGACGCGCAUUUCGAAUAUUCUCGGAAAUCAUCAUCAAUUUUUAUUCCUUUUGCUGUGGUGCUGCUGCUGCUGCUCUUUGAAACGGUGGCCUGCCUGCUUGCCUUUUCUUUUGUCAGUAGUAGUGAAGAACAAGAGUUGCCCGCACAAUAAAGAAAAAAUAAUAAAAUAAAAUACCUACCUAAAAUAAUUAACAAAAGGAAUAAUAAUACAUAUUGAAAGAAGAAGAAGAAGAAGAAAAAAUUACAAGAAGUUAUUAAAGAAUUGUGAAAUAAAUGUCUGGAAAAAAGUGAAGUGAAAAAUAAUUUUAAAAAGUAAUGAAGUAAUUUCCAGUAAUAAUUGAUUGUGGAAAAAAGUGCGUAAACCCAAGGAAUAACCUAACUUCUGCUUUGUGGUCUGCUUCCUUUCGAGCAGCAACAACAACCCCCAAAAUUAUUCGUUUAUAUUUUUCUCUCCAGCCAUACAAUAAAAAGAUCACUUACAACAACAUGGUGAAGAUGGCACAGCAAGCCUGAAAUGAGUUUCAUCAUUACAAAUGAGUCAAUAAAACUCGCCCUACUCCUCCUACUCCUUGUAGUUGAUAGCGACCGUAGUAUAAACGUCGUCAACGCAUCCAAAGUGAGGCGUUCCAUUUUCUUUUUGAUUCGGUUAAAAUAAAAGCCACAAAAUUAAACGCAACAAUAGACCCUUUGACCCCCAUACGUUCAUGAAAAACAUGGAUAAAAAUGCGGGUGAGGGUGGACAACAACAAAAUGAUGGAGGUAGCGGUGGUGGUGGAGGCGGCGGCGGAGGUGGUGGCAGUGGUAAAGGUGGCGGUGGUGGGGGCAAAGGUUCUGGUGGCAAUUCAGCUACCGGGGCUGGCGGUGCCCAUGACCAGGCGGCUUUGCUAGAUGCGGCUUCUUUAUUUGCAUAUUGGGGUCGUGAUCCUGCUUCGGCUGCCGCAGCUGCUUCAAACCCCCUAUUUAACGCACAAUUUAAUGCCGCCGCAGCUGCUGGCCUUGGCUUAUUACCCAAUCCAGGUGGUGGUGGUUCGGCCAAUGAUCGUUAUUCCAUGGCAGCGGCUGCUGCUGCUGCAGCAGCUGGACAUCAUCAUCAGAAUACCAUGGCGGUGGCAGCAUCACAGGCCGCAAGUUUGGCGAGCCUGCAUCCAGCAAACUGGUGGGCUGUCACCCAGCUGGCUGCCCAGGAUUAUUUCAACCGCUUGCAGGCAUCAGGUUUAACACAUUUUCCACAUGCCGAUCUGGCAGCAGCCUUCAAUCCAGCCGCCUUGGGUCUGGCCGGUGCUGGUGGGGCAGCGGGGAAUGCUGGUGUUGGUGGUGCCGCAGGGGCUGGUCAAAAUGCCAAUUCUGGUGGUAAUUCAGGCUCUGGCGGUGGUGGCAAUAGUAAUUCAUCUGGUGGUGGCAAAUCAAGCAGUAAAUCCCGCAAAGAGAAACAACGUCAACAGCAGCAACAACAACAGCUACAACAACAACAGCAGCAACAACAAUCAUUGGCCAAUAGCUUAAAUGCUGCAGCGGCGGCUGCUGCUGCGGCCGUGGCAGCCAAUCCAGCGGCAGCUCUGUCCAGUAUGCAUGGCCUGGUGGGUGCUGGUACAACAAUAACACCAUCAUCGGGUCUAGGUAGCUCAGCCGGUAGUGGUAGUAACAAUAGUGGUAGUUCUAGUAAUGCCUAUAAGAACAAUUCAUCCAACUUUGGCAAAUCAUCAUCAUCUUCAUCCUCAUCGAAUCAAAUACAGGUUCAAUUGCCUCCACCACCUGGAUCGGCAUAUGAUCCGGUACAAUUGCAUAAAGAAUUAUUGGCCAUGCAACAGGCUGCAGCUGCAGCAGCGGCCUCUGGUGCACCAAGUUCAUCAAAGAAAUCCUCAUCCAAACAAUCAAAUAACAAUUCAUCAUCAACGUCAGGUAACACUUCAUCCUCUUCUUCUUCUACUUCUACUUCCCAUCAUCACUUAACUGGUGGCAUAAAUACUUCAUUACCCACUAAUGUUUCAUCAUCAUCAGCGAAUCUAAUAUCACCGCAUGGCUCAAUGGGGGGCGGUGGCAGUGGUGGAGGUGGCGCUGGUGGUGGUGGCUCCAAUUCUUCUUCCUCAUCAUCCUCCCGUGACAAGAGUGCCGCCGACAAGAAUAAUGCUUCAUUGAAUGCUUUGAAUUCCCUAUCGCAAUUUGGUGCAUUGUGCAUGACCCCGCAGCAGAGUAUGCAGGCAGCGAUGAAUGCAUUUGCUGCCAGUAAUUCAGCGGCAGCUGCUGCAGCUGCGGCUGCUACAUCAGGCAAUAAUUCUGGGGGAGGUGGUUCGGCCUCCUCAUCAGCUGGAGGCAAUAAUAAAUCUUCUAAAGAUUUCAUACCAACUGGAGGAUUAGGUGACCACCCCUCAUUGCUGGGAGUACGCUUGCCACCCGACACGGAGAUCAUCAAAUACACCUCAUCAAUUGUGGGCCCCAAAAUACCCGGUACUACUUCACGUGGUCGUAAAAAGACCAUAUCAGAUGAACAAAACCAACUACAACAACAAAAAAUUGACUUAGAUUCAACAACAAAUGCUCUUUCCUCUUUGCUUGCAUUUCCAGGUCUUAGCCCAGCGAAAAGGGCGAGACUCGAAAUGGAGUAUGCUGCCAUAGCCGCGGCGGCCAAUGCCGCCCAGCAACAACAUCAGCAACAGCAAAAUGCUGCAGCCGGUGGCAGUGGUGCCGUCGGUGUUGGUGGCAUGGGCAAUGCAAGUGCCACCGGUUUGCCGGGCAAUUUGACUGCCUCACAAAUGGCCGUUUUGAGUGGUUCCUUGGGUGCAAACAAUUCAGCAACUCCGGGCUCCUCCACCUCGGGCGGUUCAUCGCAGAAUACGCCGCAUUUGGAUCUGACCGGACCGAGCAGUGGUCGCACAAGCCGAGAUUCUUCCACAGAUCGUGUAGAGGUGAUAAAAUUGCCACCUACUAUUACCUCAAAUGGAGCGUAUAAUCUAUCGAACAAAAACAAAGAUAUACACGAUCUGACCGGCAGCAGCACUGACCUGAGUUCGGGUGUUAACCUUAGUCUGAAGCCGGCCGCCAGUUCGGUAUCAAGUUCAGGACUGGCCAGUAAUCAGAAUGUGAUUGGAGCCACCAUAACCAUAGAUGAUUUUGAUGCACCCCUUAAUUUGUCAAUGAAACCGGAUAAAUCAUCAUCCUCCAGUAAUGAUUUGUCUGGAGGUGCUAACAGUGGUGCUGGAAGUUCAGGCAACUCGGGUGCUUCAAGUCUACAAAGUUUGAGUUCAAUAACAGCCGCCCUGGGCGGUAAUGGUGGUGGUUCUUCGGGUAGUGGAGGAGGAAGUGCCAGUGGCAAUAGUUCCAAUUUGGGAGGUAAUAGUAGCAGCAAUUCGUCAUCGGCCAAUGCCGCAAAUGAUAGAUCAUCACAGCCAUCCAACUUUAAAGAGGGACGCCCCAGGAAUUUAGGUCGUGGUGUGUCAAAGCCCAAAAAGAAUACCGUUGCAUCGUUGCUGGCCCAAUCACGAGCCGUGGGCAUCAAACCCAUGUUGGCCACUCAACAACUGCUGCAACAAGGAGCUGAUAUUGAAAAAAUCCGUCAGGCUUUAAGCGAAGCCAAUGCUCAAAUGGAAGUCUCCACAGACUCGGAAAGUGUGGCAGCCGAAUCGGGACUUUCUGAAUCUGAGACUGAAGAACCGAAUCUUUUGAAUGUAACCGAAUUAAGAGUACCCCUGGAUUUGGGCUGGAAGCGGGAAACCGUAAUACGUGGCCUCACCAAGGCUGGACAAAUUAAGGGCGAGGUUACUUAUUAUGCACCGGGUAGUAAUGUACCCCUCAAGUCCAUUGGACAAGUUUUCUCUUAUUUGGAAAAGAAUCCCUCAAAAUUGCUGCGUGAAAACUUUAGCUUUUCGGCCCGUGCUAUUGUGGGCACAUUCUUGCAACCGGCCCCACCGCCCUAUGCCAAUGAUGGCGAAUAUAUACGCAUGACCGAUGAGGAUGUGGCCAAACGUUUAGAAGAUUUGAAAAUCUUUACUCGCCAGACAUUAAAUGUCGAGGAGCGUAUACAGAUUGCCAAACAACAGCAAGCUCUGCGCGAUGCUAAAAAGGCCCAAAAGGAAGAAAUGGCCAGGAGUAAGGAAAAGGCCCGCCAGGAGAAGAACGAAAAGCUGGAGCAGCAGAAACGUGAACGUGAACUCAAGAAUCAACAAGCCAUUGAGGCCCGCAAGAAAAAACAAGAGGAGCUGGAACGUUUGAAACAAGAGGAAAUACUCAAGAAACAACAGGAAAAGGAAAAGAAACGUCAAGAAGCUAUUUUAGCUAAAGAACAGGAACUUCAAAGGCAAAAGGAAAUGCUGUUAGCCGCCGAAAUGGAACGGGAGCGCAGACGUCAACACAUGAAUUUGAUACGUCAACUGGAGAUCCGUCGCAAAUUUGAAGAGCGUGAAAAGAAGAAACAUCAAAUGGUCUUGGAUCGCUUGAUAAUGCGUGAAAAGAGGUUGGCUUCACGUAAACGUGAUGCUGAAAUAUUAGCACAAAUAAGGAAACCCCAAGAGGAUUCGGAAUUGAUACAAACCAAUCAAAUACCCGAUUUGGAGCGUAUUGCCGGUAAUCGUUUGCCGGGUCAGGCCAUGGCUGAUUUGUUAAUGGUCUUUGAAUUCUUGCAUAAUUUCGGUGAAACCCUAGGAUUUGAUAUGGAAUCUCUACCCACUCUACAAAAUCUCCACGAUGCUUUGGUCAGCGACAGCAAUGCCGAUGCCGAAGAAGAACUCUUAUCUGUGAUGACCCACUUGUUGGUGUGUGCCAUUGAGGAUCCCGGCAUACCGAAUCCCGGUCGACACACCACCUUGCUUGGACAAUCUCUGCGUAAUGCCGACAUCACCAAUUCCAAUGUUGCGGAAAUUUUACGUAUCUACUUGUAUGCCACUGCCACCGGCGAAAUCCGUCAAAUGUUUGGCGUUGUCAUGGAUCGGGAGCGUGAACGUCGGGUGCCGGAUCAUCAUCAAAUCGAUUCGGAAUCGGUUGUACAUUCUGGCAAAAAUGCCGAAUACUAUAAGCUGUUGCAUGAAAACGAAACGUGGAAACUGUCGCAGGCUCUCAAGGAUCGUCCUUUCGUUGCAUUGAACCCCACAAAGAAGGCCCAAAUCUUGGCUCACUUGUGCAACGAUUUGCUCAUGAAUAAGGCCGUUUUGAAGCAAAUUGAAACCAGCCUAGAGACAUGCAAUCAAAUGCGCAAGGAAAAAUACAUGACUGAUAUGAAGGUGAGAAAAUAUAAGGCCCUGCAUAUGCGUAAGUCACGCAUUGAGGCCUAUGAAAAAUUGCAGGCCGAAAGGGAAUCUGCCAUGCAGGCAAUGGCUGCCCAGCAGAAAUUGGAUGCUGAACGGCAAGAGAAGGAGAAUGCCGAUGGUGGUGGUGCUGGUGGUCCCAACAACAAAGAAGGUGACAAUGAAAAUUCUGCCAUAGCCAGAGGAGGAGGAGGAGAGCAAGCGGUAAAUGCUGAAACACCCGCUGCCGCCCUGGGAGAACAAAAUAAUAAUGCCAACAACAACAACAAGCUGGAAAGCAUGGACAUUGACGGCGAUUCACCGCAAAAACAACAUCAGCUAGAUAAGGACAUAACAAACCUGCCCGGUUCAUUGGAUGAUUCGAAACUAAUGGGUCUUUCAUCGUCCGACAUAACACCCACCAAAAUGGCCAAAUUGGAUGAUUUGUCAUCUACCUCAUAUCACAAUGGUGGUUCAGCGGCGGCAGAUAUUAACGUGCUAUUGGCCGGCAAAAAGGUGACAGGCGAUGAUGCCUGUACCGAUGGCGGCAUGGAUGAGGAUAUGUCUGACAUUGAGUCGGAAAUGACCAAUGCUGAAGAGGAUGAAGACAAUCGUUUGUCGGCCGAUGAAUUGCAAAAGAAACUUGACAAAAUCAUCAGAGCUUCAUUGAACUGCAAGGAAGUUCUGGAGAAAUCCACAAAUCAGCUGAGAGCCACAUGCUUUGGUCAGGAUCGUUUUUGGAGACGUUAUUGGCGUUUGCCCAAGGCUGGUGGAAUUUUCAUUGAAGCCUUGGAAUCGGCUCAAAAUGAUAUAUUCCAAUAUCAGGAGAUAUUAGAACAAGAGGCGGAGGAAAGAAAACUCAGCCAACCGCCGGAAGAGAGCCAACAACAUGAAAAUGAAGAGGCCAAGGCAGCAGUAACAUCGGCUGUCACCACCGCCGAAGGCAAUGGCAAUGAAAUUGCAGCAAACACCAUCCACAAUCUUGACAAUGAUGUUGAAAUGCAAAACGCAGAUGUCACAACGAAUGAAGAAGUAACCACCACGACAACAACAACAACCAACAUAAAUACCGCUACAGAAACCAACAAUGCCGCUGAGGACUCCGAUGACGAUUGCGUUGAAACUAAUCGUGUUGAGCCGGAAAUUGUUGAUCUACGUGAUGAUGACGACGAUGAUUACGAUGUGGCCAUAAAACCCCAAGCCAUACAAAUUGACAACAAUGGCACGGCUAAAGUGGAGAAACCCGAUGCUGCUGGUCUCCUGCCACCACCGCCUCUAGGUGCGAGUGCAAUACCUUCGAAUGCCAAUCCCGCUCCUCCUCAUCCUCCUUUAAACAGCAAUAAUCCCUCAAUGGCGUCAUCUGUAGUACCCAUGAAAGAAGAUUUCGAAAAUGACGUCAAGCUGCCUGGCGCUGCCGCACAAAAUCUUUCUCAGAAUUCUCUAACGACAAACUGUGAUAAAUCAGAUGCAAAUAAUACAAUGAUGAAUGCGAAUGCCACUUCAUCUGCCACAACGCUCAAUACCACCAUUAAACCGGAUCCCAUGAAGAUCGAUGACAAGAAGGAGGACGAUUGCAUAAUUGUCUCGUCUUCUGGGCCAACUGACAUCAAGCCCUUGAUGCAACCACCCGAGCCCCAGGACAAAUGGUUUUCCAUUGUUAAUCGUGAAGUGCCAUUAACAACAACCGAACCUCAAAAUGCCACCAAUCUCAAAGAAUUCCAAAAGAUGUACUCCAACAUAACGUGCAGCUCGAACUAUCAGAUUCAGGGCCAUCCCUGGGAUCUGCCCAACAAUGUCCAAUAUUUCACCGUAACCAUGGAUGAUUGCAAAGCCGAUCUCUCGAAAUUAACACACGAAUGUAUUAUCUCCCUGUCCGGUUUGGAGCAGGACGAAAUCGAUAAGAAACUAAAAGAAUUCGAAGAAAAAUUACAAAAUUCAAAAAACUCCUUGGAGACUCCUCGUCAUCAUCAAAUGAAAACUGAAUGUGGUGAAAGCGACAAUAUGGACUGCGAUGACGAGGAGGCGGCUGAAGAAGCUCGUGACAACAAAAAAUCCGUGGCAGCGGCGGUGGUAAAAAACGAAAUGGAAACGAAAUUUUUUCCUUUUCCCAAGGACGAAGGGAAUGAUGGCGGAGGAGGGGGAGGCGGUGGUGAAUCCAGUGAGGUGUACGACAUAAAACCUAAAUUGGAAAUAAAGCUCGACGAAGCUUUGCAAACUUCGCUGCAAAACAUGCACAACAUGUCGCUGACAAACAUCAGCAAUUUCAUACAAUACGAUGUGCCCACACCCCUGCAAAUGACACUGGAAGAGUCACAAAAGUUGGAGGAAGUCAAACGUGAGGGGUUUCCCAAGAAAGUGACCAAUAGUUUCGUUCCAUACGACCUACGUUAUAAUUGGUGGAAAAUUGAUACCAUGGAAUUGUUGCAACAGGUCAUUAGUUCAUUGAAUUCUUCGGGUCUAAGGGAAAAGGAGUUAAAAGAGAAUCUCACACGGUUCCUUAGCCAGGAGAUACCAUUGGGCUUGCCCUAUCCAAUGGGAGAGCCAAGAGAAAACGAUGCGCCAUUUGUGUUGCCUGAUAAGCCCAAUGAUUGGACACCGAAAAUUGCUAAACGUGUGGAAAUGGCUUUGUUGGAACAACUGGAGGCAUUGGAGGAUAAAAUCGCCUCGGCUUCAAUGCAACUCAAGAAUUGGGUCUUACCGCCACGAAUUGAGUCUGAGUUAAAUUUGGAAAGUGAUGCCGACAUCACAGAGGAAGAUUUUGUUAGCAUUAUACCCAUGAUAAGGGAACGUAUUAUAGACUUAGAGGCCAACAUUGAAAGGCGUUACUUGAAACCACCACUGGGAGCCCAUACUGGCGAUGCUCACCUUGCCGCCAUUGCUCAAAACCAACAAAACACACAAACACAAAAUUCAGCCAAUGCCGCAGCAUACUAUCAACAAAUGCAACAGCAACAAGCUGCCGCUCAGCAGCAACAACAGCAGCAGGCUUUCAAUCCAUCGGCAUUUAAUGAACGUGCCAUGGCAUUGGCGGCGAAUAAUGCCGCUGCAGCAAACAACAAUUCAGAUGGGCCAAAUUCAAGCCAGACGCACAAUGAGAAUAACUCCGGUGGAGAUUCACCCUCCAGCAAUUGUGAUAGCGAUAAAGAUGAGAAAGUUGAAAAUAUACCCAAAGGUUUGGUGUCAUGGCGUGAUGCUGUCUCUCGUUCGCAUACCACCGCCCAAUUGGCUAUGGCUCUCUAUGUGCUCGAAUCAUGUGUAGCCUGGGAUAAGAGCAUCAUGAAGGCGAAUUGCCAGUUCUGCACAUCUGGCGAGAAUGAGGAUAAGCUAUUGCUGUGUGAUGGCUGUGAUAAAGGUUAUCACACGUAUUGUUUCAAACCGAAAAUGGAAAAUAUCCCCGAGGGUGAUUGGUAUUGCUUUGAGUGCGUCAACAAGGCCACCAACGAACGUAAAUGCAUUGUCUGUGGUGGCCAUCGCCUGCCGCCCGUUGGCAAGAUGAUCUAUUGUGAUUUGUGUCCGCGUGCUUACCAUGCCGAUUGUUACAUUCCCCCACUGUUGAAAGUGCCUCGUGGCAAAUGGUAUUGUCAUGGCUGCGUUUCAAAGGCACCACCACCGAAAAAACGUUCCUCUAGCAGCAAACCUCGCCGUGACCGCGACUCAUCAUCCACCUCGCUGUCCAAACGCAAAGACAAACAUCACAAUACAUCGUCCAGUUGUGAACAAUUAAACACCUCGGCCGAUCAUCAUAACUUGCACAACUCGUCACACGACGAAUCAAUGACUUCCUUGCCGCCACCAUUAAGUCCCGCCCAUUCAGUGGCUUCCACCUCCUUUGAUGAUCAUCACAACAAUUCCAUAGAUACAACGCGCUUCCAAAAUCAAGUUAGCAAUCGUCAAGGUGCAUUAAGUCCGCACAAUAUGAUCAACGCCAACAAUGCCGCGAACAAUGAAUACAACGAUAACAGCAGCAUGGAUGGCGGCGGUGGUAUUGCCAGCUCUAAUGUCAACACACCGGCCGUUAAUCAUGGUCUGCUCUUAUCGGCCCAACAUCAGCAAUUGAUUGGUGGCAACCUGUCAGCAGCCAUGGCAGCUGUACAAAAUCCCACAACACCACAAAUUCCCAUGUCAAUGCCCAUGACAAUGCCUUCGCAGCAACAGCAGCAGCAACAACAACUGUUUAAUAGUAUGCCAACAUCGUCUUUGCUGCCGCCCCAGCCUCAGGCCAUGUCUCCCUCUCUGUUUGCCAAUUUGGCCGCAACACCUGGCAUGGUGGGUGUAAAUCAAACAAACAAUCAUUUACCACCAUAUUCAAUGAAUUCAACGGUUGUGGGUACAUCUCUCAUACAACCCCCACCACCAUCCUCCAUGGGCUUGGUGGCUAGUGGUUCCACCACCCCUCUACAAAUGCCACCGGUUAGCAAUCAACCAAUGCCCAUAAUACCCAGCCAAUUACCAAUUUCCAUAAAUAUGCCAGUUUUAUCGACAGCAACUCUGCCCACAUCAAUGACAACAGCGGCGUCGGCAACAUCUUCUUCGACAUCAUCGUUAAUGUGUUCAACAACAUCACCACAACAUUCCCUAACAUCACCGCGUUCCUCAACACCCACCCAACAAGGCCAGCAGCAGUCAAUGCAUUUCAAUACACCCUUGCAACAGCAAUUUCAGCAACAUUCACCGCAACUAAAUGCUCCACCAGCCCCGGCCACAUCGCCGGCUGCAGCUGCUCUAACACCACCCAUUGUGGGUGGCGGUGGAAAUAGCACAACGACAGCAUUGGGUCCACCACCACCCCUAAACAUUCAUGCCGUACAGGAGGCUAAGGAGAAAAUGAAACAAGAGAAGAAAGAAAAACAUGCCACCAAGAAACUAAUGAAGGAGUUGGCCGUGUGUAAGACUGUUUUGGGGGAAAUGGAGCUCCAUGAAGAUUCAUGGCCAUUUUUAUUGCCAGUAAAUACCAAACAAUUUCCUACUUAUCGUAAAAUCAUUAAAAAUCCUAUGGAUUUGUCAACUAUAAAGAAAAGACUACAAGAAUUAAGUUACAAAAGUCGUGAAGAUUUCUGCGUUGAUGUGCGGCAAAUAUUCGAUAAUUGUGAAAUGUUCAAUGAGGACGAUUCACCAGUGGGUAAAGCUGGUCAUGGUAUGCGUAAAUUCUUUGAAAUGCGUUGGGCUGAGUUGACAGACAAACAUUCAUGAUAUCAAUUGCAACAACAUACACCAAUGACAGGAGCCGCAGCAGCUGUCACCGCAACACAGCAGACGCAACAGCCACAACAACAACAGCAACUCAAAUAUAAUAGUGAAUAAGGACAACAAUAACUUAAUGAUGGAAAUGAUGAAGCUGAAAAAAAAACAGAGGAAUACCACACAAUAAUAAUAAUAUAGUAAUGUAACAAUGAAAUGUGAAACAUUUUAUCUCUUUUUGUUUACAAGAACAACAACAAAAUUCAACACACAUACACAGAUAAGUAAAUUAAUUUAUCAUAUAAUUCUAUAUAUAUAGUGACAUAAAAGUAAAUAUUAAAAAAAGGAAAUUAACAAAACAAGUGAAAGCAAAUUAAGAAAAAAAUAAAUAAUAAAAUGAUAAUCUCACACCACAAACACUGACACACAACCGAAAAAAUCUCUUCCCGGUAACAAAUUUUUAAAGAUUAAUAAUUCAAAAUAUGUAUUAUUAAAAAGAAAAUGAAAAAACCAAAACAAAUGCUUGAAAUGAAAUGUAUUUACAAAAAACGGAUUAUGUCUCACAUCAUCUCCACCUACUACACACAUCCACACCAAAUACAUUUAGAAACAGCUAAAACAACUAUUAACAUUUGGAUUUUAACGGAAAAAUGGAAAAAUUUGGGCAAAACAUUUUUAUCAUAAUAGCUUUGAAAUAGAGCGUAGGUCUAUGUAAAUUUUCAUUGCUAAAACGUGUUUGAAAAUUGAUAGUCUCGAAAUCAGUUUUUGAUUUAAAAAUGUAAACAUGACGAUUUUUUCUUCUAAAUUUGUAUUUUUUUAUUUUUCUUUGAAUGUAAUUUAUAGAAAUGUUAAACGAUUUGGUUGCACUUUUAAUAAUAUAAAAUUUUAUAUGGCAUUUCUUAAAAACAAUUUAAAAAUACUAAUCUCAAACUAUUUUAUUAUUAAAAAAUGACACAUUAUUAUCAUGUUUUAUAUUCCAAUCCAAAAAGGUCAGAAGUCCGGUUUCCAAUGCUCUUUGCCAUUACAGCAAACAUUAAAAUGACUUUAAUGAGGAAUAGACAUCUAAAAAGAUGCCAAAUCAAAAAUUUUGUAAAACCCGAUGUUAAUUAAAUUUUUAAGAUUUUUAGGAAUAUUAAUUGCAGUUUAAUUCUGAACGCAUCAUUUAAACAAUUCUAAAGAAAUUGAAUUGCAGAAAACAUUUACACCGCUUGAGCAUGGGAACAGUGAAGUUUUUUGGAACCAUAUCGCUUUGAUGAAGAGGAUAAAGAAAUAUCCAAACAUAACCGUUUAUUUUCUCACUUCUAUGAUUCCAACAACCAAUUGUGAAUAACGAUUUUUAUUCAACAAAUCCUAUAAAUGUUGAUGUUCUACGGUAAUGUUGGUUUUCAAUCCUAUCAUUGAAUUUUCUCCAAUUAAAAGACCAGAGCCAAAUACUUAAGUCCUUCUCAUUGAAUUUAUCUACAAUAUGUCUGUAAUUUGGUGUUUUAUAUGACGACCAGAUGGCCUUUUCGAGAAGAGACUAGCAGAAUCAGAAGAUAAUCUCAGGAAGACCAAAAUGCAUUUUCAUAAAAUCAGAACGUCGUUUUAUAGAAGGAAGAUUAACGACCGUAGUAUUAUCUCGUAAAUGACCAGAAUAACUUUUCAGAAAAAUCUAGGGUCUCAUGAAAAAUUUGAAAAAGAAGGACAGAAGUUCUUGUCGUAGAAGGCAAGAUGGUCUUCUUGUAGUUUCUCGCAAAAGAGCAAAAUAAAGUCACGUAUCAUAAAAGGCCGGAGGAAUUUCCAUCCCAAUGAUAAAGGCAGAAGGUAUUUUUAUUAAUAACAGAAUAUUAUCUCAAAGAAUGUUUGUAAAAGACCAGAAGAACUACUUAGAAAAGUUUAGAUUGUUAUCGAAUGCCAGAAGAUACUUCAAAAGAAAGAACAGAAGUACUUGUCUUCUAAGACAAUAGAAUCUUCUCAUAAUUUCUUUUAAAAAAAACAAAAGAUAUUUUAACAUAAUUUCAAACUCACUUAGUUUAAAAUAUCAAAGUGCCCAUCCCUUGGAUAGUCAGAAGGUCUUUUCAUAAACGAUCGGAAUGUUAUCUCAAAGACUGGUCGUAAAUGACCAGAAGAACUUCUUAAAAAAAUUCUACGGUCUCAUUGAAUCCCAGAGGACAGAAGUUUUUGUCUUAAAAGACUAGACCCUCUUUAAAAAAACGUCUAAGGUCUCAUGGAAUACCAGAAGGAUAGGAGUUUUUGUCUUAAAAGGCUAGAGUGUCUUUCUCUUCAUAGAGCCAAAAAUAUAAAAUUAGAUGAUUUUGUAUCCAUCGACGAUCAAUGAGUUCAACUUCGUCUUUACUCUUGAUGUAUGAGAAAUAAUCUCCAUGGUGAAAAAAUUUUCGACUUCUUAAAAUUUUCGAAAUGUAGAUGUUCUUCCUUGUGCGACCAGAUUAUAAAAAAACAGAAGAUCUUUAGAAUAUGGUCAAAAAUUCUUCUUGGGAAAGACUUAAAAUUUAUAGUUUGCAAAGAAAAUAUUAAAAUAUUGCAAAAAAUAUUCAAAGCAUUGUCCACUCUUUUUUUCGUUUAAUUUUCUCAAAUUUUCAACAAAAUUAAGUGGUUUUGUCAGACCGUCCGUAAAUGAGUUUAACUUCAUUUUUUAUAUCUCUAUUUUUGACAAUCCAGAACAUCCUUAUAUUAUCAUUUCCUUUGGGUUUUAAAAUUAUUUUACAUAUCCUGAACCAACCCACUAUUCCUCAAAUUAAAGACAACAUUUUAAUAUACAAUUUAUUUAAUGUCAAUUUAAAUUUAGCUCAGAAAAAUAUAGACCCAAUUUUUAGUUGGUAUAUAGAUAUACUCAUAAAAUUACAAAUUUUCUGUGCAAUUCAAAUAUACUCGACGUUUUUUGUAAAAAUAUGGGUUAAAAUGACAUUCAAUUGUCGAGAAGAACUUGAGUAGUUUCAAGUCGAUGACACAACCGGGGUCUAGUAACGACCUUCGAUUAUGUAUGGUCUAUGAACUUUAACAUAUCUUGAGGAAUAAAAUCUAAAAUAUAGCUAUAAUACCUAAAUUUGAACAAAUUAUCUUGCAUGUGUCCAGUACAGAUUGCUUCGGGUUUCCUUGGGCCGAAUGGAAUCAAUAAAUUAAGGAGCAACCAAAUGUUUUACAUUCUUCGCACCGAAAAAUAUUUCAAAAUUUCCUACUUUUCUCUAUCUUUGUUUUGUUCCUCACAGCAUUUAGCAUUUGUUUUAAAAAUAAUAUGGGAAAGCUUCAAAGUUUCCUCUUUUUCUUUAAUAAUUGUAAUUUUUUUAUAUCCCAGCGUACAAAAUCGCCAGCAAAUGAAUAUAAAAGAACAAAACGCAUUUUCAAUUAUUUUUCAUACAUUUUCAACACAAAUUUAAAAAAAUAUAUCUACACUGAAAUUUUGUUUCAGUUUAAAAAAAAGUAUACUCAUUGCAACAACAACAACAACAAAAGCAAAAUAUAUAUGUAUUUUAAUAUAUUUUAACUUAAAUUAUUUUGUUUUAAGUUUGUCAUUUUAAGAAUUUAUUUUACAUUAACCUACUACACAACUAUUUUGUAUUAAUUUUUUUUGUAUUUUUUCGCAAAAGUAAAAUAUUUAAAAAAAAUAAACUAACUAAACAGUAUUUUCUUUUUUUACAUAUUAGAUAUAUUAAAAACAAAAAAAAAAAAACAUAAAAUAUAAAACAAUGAAUGAAAAACAAUUAGUUUUUCUUUAAAAAGGAAAGGCUUAUUGUAAUAGAAGAACAAAAGAAAUAACAGAACAAAAAUCGUAUUAUAAAGAAAGUAUAUAAUAAAGUAAACAAGUAAUCCCAAUUAAAAAAAUGCAAAAUAAAAUCGAAAACCUAAUAAAUAAGGAAAUGUACUUUGUAAUUUAUAAAUAUUUGUAUUUGUUGUACUUAGGUUUUAGUUACACAAAGAAACAAAAACACACACACAAAAAACUUACAUUCUUAAAAAUUAAAAAAGAUAACAAAACAAAAACAAUGAACAACAACAAAAAUGUGUAUCAAAUAAGAAAAAUGAAAAACAAAAAAAAAAACACAAAAUAAAUAUUAUUUUUUAAAGCCCAAAACACAAACAAAUGAAAAGCAUAUACGAAAAAUACAAAAAACGAAAACACAAAACAAUGCAUCAUAAGAGCACAUCAAAACACACACAGUAUAUACACCCAUACAUAUAUAUUUAUAUAUAAAUAUAUAUAUGAAAAAAUUAAAUAUUAUAUAUAGUUGCAUUAUUACCUAUAGUUAUUAUCAUUAUUGCUAUAACAAACAAAAAACACAGAAACAAACAAAUAACUACAACCAUUUUUACUAUACAUACAGUACCAGUAUUUAAGUUGUAAGAUUCACAAACAUUAAAACAAAAUUAUAUAUAAUUAACUAUACAUUAAAAGUAUAUAAAUAUAUCACCAAUUAAUUUUAACUUUUCCUGGCAGCUUGUCUCUCUCGCCCUCUCAAAUGAAUUCCUUUUCGAAAACAAAAAAAUCAUUAAUUGUAUUGUUUCGGUAAUGUAUGUUUUUAUUUAAUUUAUUUUCCUUCUCUAUUUUAUAUUUUUUUUUCUUUAAAAAUGAAUGCUCUACUCGAUACAUCUUCAAAACUAUAUAUAAAUAAAUACUUUUGUAUCGUUUUUUUAUUUAGUUAUUUAUAAGUUUUAAACAAAUUUAAAUGUUAAUAUAAAAUCCUACUUUUAUAAAUAUAAUACACAUAUUUUAAAACAAAAACAGAACAAUGUUUUUUUCAAUUCACAUUGAGUGUCUAAAUAUAAACAUAUUUGGCGUUUAAUAGGUUUAUUUGGGUUUAUUUCUUUGACAAUUUUUUGACAGAUAUAAAGGCGCUUUAACUUGUAGCUUGUAAUUCAAAAUAUUUCCUAGUGUGAAGUUUCAAAUGAAAUACGAAGAAUAUUACCAAAAGCUCUUCAACGCUUAUGAAGAAAUAUUAUUAAAAGUAUUUUCAAUACAAAUUGAAAAUUCAAAAGUUUGGAAAAGAAACAUAUAUUGCAUUGAUCCAGCCUAUUUGGGAAGAAGAAAGAAGCAAAACUGGGAAUUUUGUCUCCACGUUUAAUUGGAAAGGAGAACAGCAUUUUUCUUUUCAAAUGCCGGCAGUAGUCACAAAUAUGUCUAAAAGGUAACAAAUAACAAAUAUGUCUAAAACGUAAUAAAUAUGUCAAGGCUCUAUAUUUAAAAUUGGGGUCCCCUUUACUUCAGUUAGGGCUAUAUAAAGGCCCCAUAAAAGUUUAGUCAGAGUAUUGAAAAACCUUUACUACCCGAAAUAUUAUUAAAUCGCCUUGGCCUUUUGCGCAUCCCAGAUUGUUUGUAGUUCAGUAAAAUUAUAAGAAAAAUUUAAGUGCAUUUCGGCAAAAGCUAAAUUUGUCCAUUAUACCCUCAGCCAUAUGGCUACAGACAGUAUGUAUCAUUUGAUGCGGCCAAAACGUGCCUCAUCGAAAUAAGGGUUUUAGACCCUAGGUCUCUUUGGACCAAAUCCGUUUCGGGACAUUUGGAGUCAACGUCGAUGUCCGUCGGGAGUAUCCGAUUUGGUCAAAACUUGGUACAUCGUAUUAUUGUUAUCAAACUAGGAUUGAUGGGUAAUAUUUGUCCAUUCCUUCUGGUAACAAAUUAUUUUGCUGCACAGAAAGAGAAAGGAUAAUCCGAUUUGGUUCCAACUUUUUAAAUCCUAUAUUUGCAUAUUUUGCCCAUAUUUGCAUCAGGUGAGAAAAUGGACAAUAUCGGUCCACUCCACUCACCACACAGUGUCACCAUUUUUAAUAAUUUUUAAUCUUAUAAAAUCUCAUGUAAGAGUCCGAUUGUCUUCAAAUUGCACACAUCACAAUAUUUUUAAUAAUCUAAGGUCUGGUACGACCACUCCUUCUAGUACCUCCCCCACAAUGGAUGAACAUUUUGAAUAUCCAUGAAGCUUAUAAAACGCGAAAUUAACAUCCGAUUACAUUCAGACUUGGUACAUCUCAAUAUUUCUAUCAACAUAAGAUCUGUUAUGAAGAUGGUAGAGAUCGAACCAUUCCUUCUGGUAACUCCGCCACAAAGGGUCAACAUUUUGAAUAUCCAUUAAGCUCAUAAAACGCGACAUUAACAUCCGAUUCCAUUCAGACUUGGUGAAUCUAUCAGCACAAGAUCUGUUGUAAAAAUGGUAGCCAAAUUUUUCAAAGGAAAUGUCUGAAAAUCCACGAAAGAAGUUCUUUCUAAGUACUUUACCUCCUUAAAAGAGAAAUGUCUAUAUAGCUCCACUAUAUCGUUUAGCCCCCAUACAACGGUACUCCCGAUAUUCGGCAUUUUGAUGAUUUUAGGGACAUUAUUCACUGGAAUUAUUUAAAAUUUCGUAUUAAGAGUUCCUAAUGGGUACUACCGGUACUAUGGCGAAAAAUGGUAAUUUUGUUUGGAAAAUGUCAAUUUUUUAUUGGAAAUCCAACAUUAAAAGUCGUUUUUUAAGAUAAAGUUUUAUUUAAAAAUAAAAUAUACAAAAUUCAAAAUGAUACAUGUAAUCUUGAUUUAAAUUGAAGGUACCGCACAAAACAGUGACUUUCUGGACAAUUCUGCUUAUUUACGUACCCGUUGAUGUUAAAAUGAGCUGAUCUUAAAAUGGAAGAAGAAGGAAACUAAAGAUAUUCGACAGUGAAACAAAACACGAAACGUGCGUGAGCUGUUUAACCAGUGUUGCCAAAAAGAUAAUAUUUCAAAAAUCACUAUAAUGUUCGAAAUGCUCUUUUAAAUCUGUGAAGAGGUUGAAAAUCGCCCAAAUUUGAAAAAAGUGCUACCUCUAGAAGAAAAACAAAACAUCGACUACACUUAUUUAUGCCAAUGAGACACAAAAUUUCGCACUGUAUUUACGAUGAGUGGUAUUGAAAAUAACGAACUUUUUUCAUGAAAGUUUGAAAAUUGGUAUUUAGAGUUUGUAAUCGGUUCUACCUUUUUGUGGUUAACAUUGUCUAUAUACUUCUAUUUUUUCCUAGGGUCCACAUUUUCUAUCGAUUUUUUUAAAAUCCAGUGUUUGUAGUUUCACCGGUGUCUGAACUACGUCCUUACUAGUCCACGUUUCCCAUAUAACGGCAUAUAGAUGAUUUUGGAAUUUGAAACUCAGAAUAGAUACCAACACCUGUAGCUGGAUAAUUGUUCACGUUUUGGUGUAACGCCCAUAACAUUUUGAAGAUUUCUCUGACAUUUGCAAUUUAAAAUGAAAUUCGUUCCAAUAUUACAGCCAGAUACUUUUAUUUAAAAAUGUUUUCUUUAUCGCAUGGUAGAUCUAGGAAAAAAAUAUAAAUAAGAAUUAAUUUGUUGAAAUCUACACUAUUUGCCAGUCAAAACUUGACGGGAUUUAAAAAAAAAAUACAUUUUUACUUACUAAUGAUAAAACCAAAUUAAAAGAAAUUCCAUGUUAAAUAAAAUAUUCGGCCUAUUACUGUUGUCGUCGUCGUCACAAAAUGAAGUCGAGGCGAUAAUAACGGUAUUAAGGUUGUCGUUUUUUGUCGAUAGCGAUGAAUGAUUGCUAUUAUCAUUGUCGAUACAACAGUCGACGUGAAGUCUUUUUUAGAGAAUAUCUGUCACCGUAAAAAAUUGUGACGACAUUGUAUUUUUUAGUCGAUGUUGAUAUUUUAACCAUUUUGUAUUUGAUAUUUGACCAUGAAAAUAACAACAGCAAAACAAUUUGGAAAUAUUGAAGCCAUUUCCAACACUAGCGCUAAAACCUCCAGUUUAUUAAAAACUCGAUAUUUUCGAAGUUUUUUUCCAGAGGUAAUUGUUUUUACCCAAAUUCCGGGAAACUGAUUUCCCGGAUCCACUUACCCGAUAUAGGAAAUAUAGGUAUGGUUUGAAAACGUAUACCUUUAUCUACAACAACAAGUGGUCACAUCUACAACAACAAGAGCUUGGAGAAAUUUCUAUUAGUACAUGCUGAAAGCAGUCCUUGUUAAUUCUGAAGCAAUUUAAAAAUCUAAAAGAACACAUUAAGUACAUAUUUUUUUAAAGCGAUAAUUUAAAAAAAAAUCAAGACGCAUCAAUAAUGUUAUUUAAAGAUUUUAAAGCGUAUAUUUUGUAGACGUAUCUAUACAAAUGUAGAGGUUUUAUAGUUGAGAAAAUACGAAAAUUUUUUAGGUAAAGCGGUACAUACUUUUAAUUAAAAUAAACCCAAAAUCCUAUGUCGAUUAGCGUAAAAACACUUUCGCCCCUCUGUCUGUGUUGAAUUUAUACGUUUUGAAAUAUGUGGCGCCAACAUGUAUCUCUUGUACCAGAUCCUUCGAGAGUAGUUCCAAUUCACGUUAUCAAGCUGAUCCGAAUUUCAAUUAUUGAAACACACAAACAUUGAAUUUGGUAUUUUUAUUGUUUUUAUUUUAUUUCAAUUAUCCUUAUUUGUUUAGAAAUUUGUAUUAUAUCCAAUCUGUGUAUUACAAAGGAAAUUUAGUAAAUCAAACAAAAAAAAAAUUGGUAUUUUUACAAAUGAUCGAAAAAUGAACUCAAAAUAUAACAGUGCAGCACAAUAAAACUGAAAAUAGAACAAACAAAACAACAACAAAAAAAUAUAUAUAUUUCACAGCAGAAAAGAAAUAAAACAAAAACUGAUUUUACAUUGAAUAACAAAAAAUAAUUGAAAAUAGUUAGUAAUGGUAGAAAGGUGACAUUGGAAAAAAAGAAAUAUAUUUUAACAAAUAGCAAAAGAAAUUUUUUUUAUUCGGAAACAGAAGAAACCAGCAAAACAUAAAAAACCC